GAAUACGAAGCAUUUAGAGGUUAAAGAUGCCCAAUGCUAUUCUACGUCGAAACCGAUGGAGAGUUUAGGGUUUCUAUUUCCUUCGAUUCGAGUGCAUCAUCCAUUUAUUAGGAAGGUCAUUCAGCAAAUGAUUAUUCAUCUGGAUUUGCUUAUCCACUUGAAUUCUCUCGAUUGAUCUAACAAUUUUGACGGAGGGCAUUGACUAUUGCUAUGGAUUUGGAAAGUGAAUGCUCAGUCUCUGUGGAGGAUAAUGAAGUCAGGCAGAACGAAUCGCCUCAUGACGGUGAAAAUGAGACUGAGAGCAAUCUCUCUUGUCCUAAUGGAGAUUCACCAGAUCAAAAAGGAAAACUUGCUGGAUUAGAUAGUGAUGGGCCUCAGCGUCUGAGCGAAACAAAUCCUCCUGGGACUUCACCUCGAACUAAAGGCUAUGGAUUGAAGAAAUGGAGGAGAAUUAAGAGAGAUGUUGUUAAGGAUCAAAGUACACAUCUAGAUUCUAGCAAAUUCUUGAAACGAGGUUUGUCUGGUGCUGCCAAUUCAACUAAAGCCCAGCCUUUCCCGCAUGAUAUUCAACAGAAUAGCGAGGGCUCUAUUGGAUCGUCAAAUGCGUUAAAAAAUGUUGGGUUUACUGAUGGCUUUACAGUCCGUGGUUCUAGUUCAGAUUCCAGAUAUGCAGUUGGAUCUGCUUUUGCAGCUGGGACGGAUUCUGAAAACAGUGAAGAUCGGAGUAGCAAAUCAUCAACAGCAGGUAGUGCGCCCCACUCGAGGUAUGACCUAUUGGGGUAUGCGAAGGAAAAUAGCCAGAGUAGGAACACCAAUUUUAAUGAUUUUUCGAAUUCAACUCAAAAGGUUCCACAUGGAAAGGGACAGGUUGAGAGCAGUAAAAAACUUAGAGGCGAAAGAGUAAAAGCGAGGAAGAAAAGUUCUCAUUCCAGUAUGGAUUCUGAUUCAAGAAGUUCCAACUUUAAUCGAGGUGCCUUUACAGUGACUAGUAACGGAAAACAUAGUGGAGGGCCAAAUCUUUAUUACGAAGGUAACAGUGGUGAUGCUCACGCUGGUGAACAUUUUCUUGACGAAGUUCAAGCUGGAUAUUGCAAAGAAAACGUGGUAGAAGACGAAGACCUUUUCCAGGGGAAUUUAGCCUCAAAAUUUUCUUGGGAUUUGAAGGAAGAAAAAAGUGACAAUAAACUGUCUUCGACAGUUGAAGAUCCUUUAGCUGAAUCUAUUCGUAGUCUCCAGUCUGUACAGCAGGCACUUGCAGAAGAAGUCCAGAAGUUUAGGGAGAUUGGGCAUGAACAUGUCUCGCCAGAUGAUGACUCAAUUAAGGGUGCCACUGCAGCUGCUGAUAUUGGCGCUGUUGAUCCCAAAUUUCACGAGUCAUCCUUAUCUGAUCAGUCUGAAGAAGAAGGAACUAAACAAACCGCUUCAAGUUUCUUCGAAUGUCAGGUGAUGAGCCUGACCAAAAAUGUAAAUAAUUUAGAACUCAAGUUGGAGGAAACACAGAGAACACUUGCUGUCAAGAAUUCCAGGAUAGCUGAACUUGAAACAUCCCUGAGAAAUAACAGGUUUCCUAGUGUAGAAUCUAGUACCCUUGUGCAUUUAUCGGAAGAAUUUGGGGAUGCGGUUUUUGAUCUUGAUGACAUUUUUAGGCAAAAGAUUGAAUCUGAGGUUGAAUGCCUGUUGAUCACAAAGAUGAUGCAUGAUUUGAAGGUUGAAACAGGUUUUCGCCUUAAACAAUUGGAGGAACAAGAAGUGCUGUCUGGGAAGCGAACCCAGGUUCUGCCCAAGCUUAGUGAGGCACAGAGUAAGGCUUCAGUGCUGAAGAACCAAUCAGAAGAGUUGGAAAAUCUUCAUGAUGGAAGCUUAGAGGUCGAGGAGACUAUUAUGAUGCAAAAACGAGUAUAUAAGGUGACUUUUUGCUUUUGGAUACAGUUUAUCUUGUUAAUCGUGGCCUUUUGGCUUUUUAUGUCACAGUUGGCACCCAAUGCGAGGGUGGUUGUACCCACAUAAAUCUGCGGAACAAUGUUCCAUUUUCUGUAUCCUCAAAAUUUUCUUUGUUUAUGAAUGUAGCUAAAAUUUCAUUAUCUUCCAGAGGGGGAUAUUUGCUGUCUUGCUUGGAAAUCAAUUUUAUUCACACCUGUAACUCAUUCGUCGAAAUUUUGGCUUUUUAUGCAGUUGUUUAUUGUCGUUU